CUUUUAUUUAUGUUUUCUUUAAUUAGUUUUAAUUAAAAUGUUUAAGCAACGACAAGUAUUUUUAGCAUUAUUGGCCGUAGUUGCUGUAAAUGCUGCCAGUUUUAGUUUACAGUACAAGGGCAAUAUGAGACAUCCAGAUCUCCCCAAUCAUUGUUAUUUUACCGAUCAUGAUCUCACGAUUCCCUUCAAUAAGACCCUCUAUCCUACCAAUUUAAAGAAUACCUGUAUUAAAGUAUUUUGUCGUGAGGAUUAUGUAUUGGAAAUUAGACAUUGUGAAAAUCUGGCUCCAAAUCGUGUCUGUCAUCAUACUGCUUACGAUUAUACCCAACCGUUCCCUGACUGUUGUCCCAUAGUUACAUGUGAGGAUAGAGUUUUGCGUAAUCCAAAUUAUUAAAAUAAAUAAUAUUUAACAUCAAACAAAA